CCAAGGGAAAGGCACCGCCGCGUUGCGGUUACAUGCGUGGCCCCGCGGCCAGCCGACACCAACAACAUCCGUCGCCGAUCGAUAGGCCCCUCCCAACCGAUCCUCACUUCUUCUUACUCUUCUUCUUCCGCGGGCUUCUCCUUCUACCUCCUAACUCUCUCCUCACACGGAUGCACCCCUACGGCAACGAAGCUAGCUUGCUACUUGUUGGCCUUGCCCAGCAGCUUCUGAUCUUCUCCCCGGCUCGCCCCCUCCCUUUGGUCGUCGACGGCUGCUGCGACGGCUGUCCACGUGUUUUAUUCUAUCUGGGCGGCCCGCUGUCCGACGUCGGUGCCGGGGUGACCGAUGGAGUACGUGGCCGUGCGGGCUCCGACUCCGAUGAGCCGCAGGACUCGCCAUGCUUACCAACUCGCCGCCGAUCCUACUGUUCUUCUCCCUCCUCCGUUGCAGAGGACGACAGGCAACGGCGUGCAACAGCACAAUCAGAGACGCAUGGAUCUUGAGCACGAGGUGGCGGAGCUGAAGCAGCAGCUGAGCAACGAGGAGACGGUGCACCACAUCCUGGAGCGCGCCCUGCACCCAAGCACCACCGCCUCCCCCUCCUCCGCACGCUCCGUCCUCCUCAACAUCCCGGCCUUCAUCCCAGCCAAGGCCAAGCAGCUGUUCGCGGAGCUCGUGCUCGUCGAGGAAGAGAUCGCGCGGCUCGAGUCGCAGAUCCACACCAUGAAGAGCGGCCUAAUCACCACCGCGCAGCAGCAACGGGCGUCCAUGGCGACAACCGCCUAUGCCUCCUCCUACUCGCCAAGUGUCUACACCAGCAAUGGCAACAGCAACGGCACGGCGGCACACACGGCAUCGGCUCGUCAGCCGGCUGAUCAGGUGGCGCCGGAGAUCAAGUCCAUGUUCUUCAUCAGCCAGGCCAUGAACGCCGAGUACCUCCAGCGCCAUCUGGCCUCCGACGACAAGCCGGACAGGAGCCCCAGAGACCAGACCAGAGGAUCAGGAGCCGCCGCCGUCAGCCCAAAGUUCAACGAUAACAUCUUUGGCCCCCCGCCAAGGAAUUCCCAUGACAAGAAGCAAUCGGACCGAGAAGCCGAAAAACCUCCGAGGGUCACCCAAGAACCGUCACCGCCGCCGACGACGGCGACGAGGGACGAGCAGAGCAAGGCCCAGCCAAACAAGCUGUCGGAGAGGAUCGUGAAAUGCCUGGCGGUGAUCUUCAUCAGGCUGCUCCGGUCUUCGCGGGCGGCAGAGAUGGAGAAGUCCGGCAACCUCGCCAGGUCCGGGAACCUGCAGGGGAGCUUCAGGAUCGACGCGGCGCUGAACGUGGCGGCGGGCGCCGCCAAGGAGAAGGACAGGGGGCAGCAGGAUCACUACGGCAUCUUCCGGAUACAGGACUCCAUGGUCAGAGACAUCGGGCCCUACAAGAACCUCGUCAGGUUCACCUCCAGCGCCUUCGACCUCAGAGGCUUCUCCAGCUCCCCUCUGCUCACCAAGCUGAGGGAGAUGUUGGAGGCCUUGCAGCAGGUGGAUUUAAGGUUUCUGACACACCGUCAGAAGCUAGCAUUCUGGCUCAACAUAUACAACACAUGCAUCAUGCACGGGAUUCUGCAGCAUGGUUUGCCCUCAAACUCUGAAAAGCUGCUGGCACUGAAGAACAAGGCAACAAUCAAUGUUUCAGGGCAAAAGUUCAAUGCUCUGGUAGUAGAGAAUUUCAUCUUGAGACAGCCAUCCAGUGUGAAAGAAGAAUUCUGGAAAUGCGACGUCGAUGUUGAAGAGCAACAAGUGAGGGGUCUCUACGGAUUGAACAGUUCAGAGCCCAACAUUCUGUUCGGGAUGUGCUGUGGCAUCAGAUCUUCUCCAGCACUCCGGAUAUACAAGGCGGAUCGCUUGAUGGCGGAUCUGGAGAAGGCGAAGCUGGACUACCUGCAGGCGUCGCUGGUGGUGACCUCGACGAGGAGGCUGAUGAUCCCAAGCCUGAUACACUCCAACAUGCACGACUUUGCCAAGGACAUGGAGUCCCUGCUCAGGUGGAUCUGUGACCAGCUCCCCACAUCUUGGUCGCUCAGAAAAUCCAUGGUGGACUGCUUGAGGGGGCAUCUCAAGGUCGAAGACGUCGUGGAGGUGAUCCCAUACGACUAUGAGUUUCAGUAUCUGUUGCCCAAGUGAACAUAUGCGUUAAGUGUAUUACUACACAAAUGGCGUUCAGUACAUAUUUCCAUGUAUAUUGUUGUCUUAGAUGUAAAAAUAGUGGUUUGAUAUUUGCGAUUUUUGGGGGGUCGAAAGCUUUAUUUUUUGGAUA